AAGCCCAACAAUAACUCUGUUCACGUGACCUUCGCCGCUUCCCCAACCGGAACUCCUCAACGCCGCCGCCGCCGCCAUCAGCCGCAAAUUGUAGCGUAUCCUCCCCGUAGUCGUUUUGCCCCCUUCUUCUAGCGUAUCCGAAGGGAUGAAGGCCGGGAGGAAGAACCUGCAGCGCGCGUGCCAGGACGGCUCCGCCGUCACGCUCGCGGAGGGCGAGAGCAUCAUGCAGGUCGUCACGCUGCGCGGCUCCAACCUCAUCGAGGUCACGGACGGCGAGGGCGUCAAGUCCCUGGCCUUGUUCCCGGCCAAGUUCCAGAAGAGCUUCUGGAUCAAGAACGGGAAUUUUGUGGUUGUGGAUGCUAGUGGGAGGGACGAGGCUCUCGAGUCAGGAAGCAAGAUAGGCUGCGUCGUGUCGCGGGUCCUCUUUCAUGAACAAGUUCGUGCUCUCGAAAAAUCCGGCAGGAGUACUUGUACUAGCGAAAAGGGACGAAGUGGCCGGGUCGGGCGGGCCUGGGCGGCCUUAUGCGUGCGCCAGUGCCGCGCCACCGGCGCCGGCGUUGCACGUGUACAUGCCGCGCCCCCGCCCGGGGCGUUGCACUACCGCGCACUGGGGCCCGUCAGGCCACGCUGGCACGCCUGCCGCGCCGAGACGUAUGGCGUGGCACAGACGAUUGCAACGCCGUGCUUGCAGGCGCGGCACGCGAGGGUUAUUUCUGCGAAAUAGUUUCGCCGACGGUCCAUUUUUGACAUUCCUUUCGCCCA